UGCGUUAGGAGUCCGGGACAAAUUAGGAAGAAAAUAUCAUUUUAAAGCGAGAGAAAUUAGGCUAAUUUUUUGGAGGAUUUAGCAAUCCUCUAGAUAGAUAGAUUCCAACGGAGGAGGCUCGAGUUUAGCGGAGAAGAUCAGCCCCUAACGGUCACUAACUUCUGCUUUAACAAUGGCGGGUACUCUGUUUUUACGGUUCAGCUCAGUUGCCCAUUAAUGGCAGCCAAAUCUCGAGAAAAGCUCUGCUCCAGAAGUUCCCUCAUUUUAAAUUCCCUCUUCUCCCACUCUUCCCGUUCCCCCAAACCCCUUCUGCUACAUUUUCAAAAAGACAUUUGGCAAGGGCUAUUGGUUCUGGCAUAGUAAAUCCAAUAUCAUCGAAAUGGCGACGAAGAGGGACACCAUGUCAGGACUCCUAUCUCCCAGAUUUGCUCACGAUCGAUGCGAGAUUGAUUUUUGCGAGGACAAGAGGAAGAACAAGAUUGCAUCCCUAAAGAAGAAAGCAAUCAGCGCCUCCAACAAAUUCCGAGAUUCUCUGACAUGGAAGGGCCGGAGGAGCAGCAAAGUCAUGGCUGUAGACAUCGAGGACGUGCAUGAUGCUGAGGAGUUGAAGGCAGUCGAUGCCUUCAGGCAGGCACUUAUUCUCGAGGAACUGUUGCCUUCGAAGCACGAUGAUUAUCAUCUGAUGCUCAGGUUUCUGAAGGCCAGGAAAUUUGACAUUGAGAAGACAAAGCAAAUGUGGGCUGACAUGCUCCAAUGGAGGAAGGAGUUUGCUGCUGAUACUAUUAUGGAGGAUUUCGAGUUCACAGAGCUGAAGGAAGUCCAGAAGUAUUACCCACAAGGACACCACGGAGUGGACAAGGAAGGUCGACCCUUGUACAUUGAGAGGCUCGGACAAGUCGAUGCAAACAAGCUCAUGCAAGUUACAAACAUGGAUCGCUAUGUGAAGUACCAUGUUCAGGAGUUUGAGAGGACCUUAAACGUUAAGUUCCCCGCCUGUUCGAUUGCAGCAAAGAAGCACAUCGAUCAGAGCACCACGAUCCUCGAUGUGGACGGCGUGGGAUUCAAGCAAUUCAGCAAAGCUGCUAGGGACCUUCUCACACGUAUUCAGAAGAUCGACGGUGACAAUUACCCUGAGUCCUUGAACCGCAUGUUUAUCAUCAAUGCCGGCUCCGGAUUCAGAAUGUUGUGGAACACUGUUAAGUCGUUCCUCGACCCAAAGACUGCAGCCAAGAUUAAUGUUCUUGGUACCAAAUAUCAGAGCAAGUUGCUCGAGAUAAUCGACGCAAGUGAGUUGCCCGAAUUUCUCGGAGGCACCUGCAACUGUGAAGGUGGCUGCAUGGGUUCCGACAAAGGCCCCUGGAAGGACGCGGAGAUUCUGAAGAUGGUCCAAAAUGGAGAUCACAAAUGCCGGAAAUCCGUGUCCGAAGCUGUUGAUGAGAAGACAACCUUAAAGGAUGAGGCCGAGCACCUUAAGGAACUCGACUCGUCUGAGAACAGCAUGUGUGUGGAUGUGAAGGUUGUAAACUCACACGCUCAACUGCCGAAAGACAAUGCAGAAUACGCACAACCUCAUCACCUCCCGAAAAUGGUUUCAUUCAGCAAUAAUAAUUGCAAGAAAUCUUCUGCGUACGAGGAUCUUGCUGCAAUGAUCGGAAAAACUGUCGACCCGGCCUUUGAGAAGCUUCUGCAAAAUGCAAGAUUCGUGCAAUCAAAAGCAGGAGUGGACUGUUACUCGGUGCAAAACUCGUACAAGGCCCCAGCUGACAAAUUCGGGUCCCAGAUUAUGAAAGCAAUAAUGGCACUCGUCAUGGGUGUAGUGACCGUUGCCAGGGUCUCCCGAUCAGUGCCCAGGAGGCUCACCAAUGCAUCUCUCUACUCCUCGGCUGUCUACUGUGCUGAUCCGAUGCUUAAGGGCCAACAGUUUGCUCCGGCCCCUCUCUCUGCCCCUGAGUGCUUUGCAAUUAUCAAGCACAUGGCGAAGUUGGAGGACAAAGUCGACAUGCUGACCUCAAGGCACGCUGCCAUGAAUGCAGAAAAGGAGGAGAUGCUGAAUGCUGCUAUGAGUCGGGUUAGUGCCUUGGAGGAGGAGCUCACCACGACUAAGAAGGCCUUAGAGGACGCGAUGGUUCGACAGAAUGAGCUCCAAGCUUACAUCGACAAGAAAAAGAAGAAGAUGCUGUUCCGCUGGUAGAUCGGAGAAGCUGACCGUAUAAGGAACUGCUGAUGAACAAAUAUGGUGGUCUGGGUUAAGCUGUAGCCUCUUUACUGUGUAAGCAUAUUACGUAACUUGUAAUAUUUUUAGAUGAAAUAGAGAGGCUUUUGGCUCUUUUGUGUAAAUAUAUAUAUAUAUAUAUAUAAAUAAAUUAAAUAUAUACAAAUACAUACAAAUAAAAUGAACCAUAUCCCCUUGCAAUAGCUGCCUACCAUUGUAUAAAUGGCAGCUUUAAAUAUGAGGUGAUAAUUUUCUUGUUUUCUAUUA